GCCAAGAUUACUGGUGUGUGAAGGCGUUCAUGCGGUGAGAUCUGUUGUUGGUUGUCGAUAAGUACCAUCUUGACCUCGAGCGCUACAUAAGUAUACCAGAAGUGUUUGCCCCAGUUUGUUAAAUCAACGCUACUUGAGAACGUGCGAACAGGUCCGCGGGAACGAGAGCGCGAAAACCGCGACGUGAAUCAGUUCAAGUGAAAACUUCAAGCGACCUCUUAGAUUGACAGAUACAAGCCAUUAAGCAAUCACACAAGUCUGCUCAUCGCAAGCUUUUCAGUGAGACACUUGUAAGCUAAGCCGAGUUCGACAACUGAACGGGCCUCAUACAAAAAACGACAUGGAGAUUGCGCGUGUCUGUCUCUUCUUCUUUGUUUCACUCAUCGUUCUCGCUGCGAUAGACGGUCGUAAAAGAACCAGGUCACCUCGCAGCCAAGAUGCCUUGAGCUUUUGUUCAUGGCUCAAGGAUAACCAACAAAAGAAGUGCGAAGCGCAACCUCUGCUCGGCUUGUCCGCGCGAGAUGGCGUCGAACUGGCGUUAAAAGAGUGCGGGAAUAUUUUCAAGGAUCGUCGAUGGAACUGUUCAGGUGUUACCAUUGCAGACGUUUUUCAAAGGCAAAGAAUGCUCAAAGCUGACAACAGAGAGAGUUCUUACUUGCACGCUAUAACGUCUGCAGGAGUGACCUUCCAGAUAACCAAGGGCUGCAGCCAGGGAAACUGGGAUGACUGUGGCUGCGAUUCUAAGCCCACAGGGAGAGGAAAAAAAGAAGGGGAGUCCAGCUGGGAAUGGGGUGGAUGUUCGGAGAACUAUCGGUAUGGCUACGAGUACUCUACCAAGUUUAUGGACCCGGGCAAGAACGCCGACAAAACCUUAUCAAACCAUCUCGUAAGACACAACAAUGAGGCUGGAAGAAGGGUUAUCAAGGAUAACAUGGGCAAAACUUGCAAGUGCCAUGGUGUUUCUGGUUCAUGCACUGUCCGGGUUUGUUGGCGAACCAUGCCUAAGAUGGAAAUAGUUGCUUCCAUACUACGAAAAAAAUUUGAUAAUGCUGUGAGGGUGAAACUAAACAAAAACAAAACCAAGCUCACGAGGACGCCUCGACCACGAAGAGGCCGGAAAAGGAAUACAAACAACAAAAGACCCCCGUCGGCAAGUCUCGUUUAUGCCGCUCUCUCGCCGGACUUUUGCCGAGCUGACAAGAAAUACGGAGUUCUGGGCACGGUUGGAAGAACGUGCAGUAAGUCAUCGCUUGGCACGGACAGUUGUCCCAUGUUGUGCUGCGGACGAGGCUAUAACACUGUUAACAGAGUGAGUGACGUCAAAUGCAACUGUGCCUUUAUCUGGUGCUGUCAGGUGAAGUGUGAUUUGUGCAAAGAGGAGUGGAUCGAACACACUUGCAAAUGAGGCUGAGUGACGUUUUUGGAAAUCAAAUAUGGAUUAAAUUAUCAUGUGUUUUUACUCAUUAUCCACGUGGAUUUUAGAGUAAACAACUAGACGUUGAAUCUUCAUUUUCAUGGAACGUGUUUUGGAAAGACAGCACUGAAAAGGCGACUUUAUAACUCUUGUACAAGAUCCAGAGGACACAUAUUGACCUCCUUUGAGCCACUGUGAUGAUUGCAAAUUACUUGAAGAGGAAAACUUUUUACCUGGAGCCCAAGAAUGGAUUGUUUGUUUUAAUAGUGUACAGCAGCAAGUUUUUCUCAACUACCACGCAUGUCAAGGAAAAUUAUUUCAAACUUUCUACCGGGAUCGAAAAAAUGUACUUCUCACGAUCACUUUCCAGGGAGAAUACUUCGGGAAAAAUUGUCAAGAAAAAGUUGAAAAUGUAAUUUCUGAUUAUCGUCGCCCAGUUUUUGGGAACAGACCUCGUACAACCGCCUCGUUUCUUAGAGUAGUGGUGUUUGCACAGUGUAUGUAUUUAUGAGAACUUGUAUAGAAAUCUAAACGUCUGAAUUACUCACAUACUUUCACAAAUUUUUUUUCUCUCUCUGAUUUAUCCUUCUCAAAUCAAUUCAGUAAAUCAAAUUCUAAGGAACAAACUCUGUGCGGAAGACACAACAACAGUCAACGCAGACGUCCGUCAUUCUCUCGCGCUAAAAGCUUCUCAAAGUUAGCACGACGUCACUAUCACAGUCGCGUUGCUAUGGAAUCCAAGAUUUUUUGAAAGUAUUACCCAGAGAGCAGCUGAUUUUGAACUGUCUUGUACAAAAAAUGCAAGAUUCUUAUCGAAGGAAAAAUGCCAGAAUGCACUCUUCUAACUGUGAGGAGAACAGGUUAAGUGAUAAGAGGCCUUCAAAAUAUAUCUCUUCGUGUAUAAAAGGUUUUUUUCCUUCUAAUCUAAUGUCACGGGGUUUAUAACCGACACAAUGCAAAGAACUGUUUAUGAUAUAUUUCUGUGUAUACGAGCCUUUAUUUAUGAAGAUGACACCUCAGAUAGAAAACCGGUGUUUCAACACAUUGCAUUUUAGAAUAGGAUGACUAAAAUCACAAAAGA